AUGAGUGGAGAAGAUACAUCAUUCGUUAUUGAUGAAGUAUCGAAUAUAAUCAAGGAUACUAUCGAAAGAAUUAUUGGAGGAAAUUCCUAUCAGCACAACAAAGUCAAUCGGUGGACAGCUGACAUUGUUGAUCAUGUUUUAACCGAGCUGACAAAGUUAGGCAAACCAUUCAAAUACAUUGUACAAGCGGUGAUUAUGCAAAAGAAUGGAGCUGGUUUACAUACGGCUAGCUCAUGCUAUUGGGAUAAUACAACUGAUGGUAGUUGCACAGUUCGUUGGGAAAACAAACAUCUCUACGCAAUCGUUUCCGUCUUUGGUCUAUCUAUUUAA